UAGCUCCAUAAAGUUUCUGAAAAACGAGAAAGCGGGGAAGUCUGUUUGUCCGAGCACACGGGACAUCCGACGAGUUUCCACUGUCAAGCUGUCGUUGGAAUCCGGUUACGACCUGAAGGGAAAAAAACGUCGAUGGACAGGUUUUGGGAACGCCCUUGCUCAUCAAGCCACCUGCUCUAUAAGAGGGGGCAUGAGAACCUGAGUUCAUAGCCACAUCUGAAAUAAAAAGAAGAAAAUUGUAUUCCAGGGACGGGCCUAUUGUGUGAACACAGCUUGAAAAGAAGAACCGAAUGCCCCCAGCAACUUCUCUACAGCGACAAGCUUGCCUCUUUUGAAGCCGAUUAUAAAAGGCACUUCAGUGCGCUGUCCAACCAACACGUAAAGAGAAGGGGACGACUCAUUGUUUUGACUGAAAAGGACUGCACUGUGCUAACUACAAUUGCUUUCCCAGCCCUGGUUGGUCCAUUCAGCAGUUUUCGAGAAAUUGGAGAGUCAAGCCUGCGUCUGUCAAAAUGAUGCAGAUUUCAGAUUCCUACAAUCAGAAGAAUUCAUUGUUUAAUGCCAUGAAUCGCUUCAUUGGUGCUGUGAACAACAUGGAUCAGACCGUAAUGCUGCCCAGCCUGUUAAGAGAUGUACCGCUGGAUGAAGAAAAGGAGGUCAGCGAAAUCCGGUCACCCGGUAACGGGCCGGACGACUACCUCUACGACGGAGACAUGUACAGUUACUACGUGUUGUUGAAAUCCAUCAGGAAUGACAUCGAGUGGGGGGUCCUGCAAGCCGACGAGAGGCGAAAGGACAAACUGGGGGUCAGUGCCCUGGAAAUCUCCAGAAUCGACCCCGAAGGCGAAGAGGAAGACUUGGAGAAACUCUUUCACUUCCACCUCAGCGGACUGCGCACGGUUCUGUCAAAGCUGACGCGCAAGGCGCACACCCUCACCAACAGGUACAAGCAGGAAAUCGGGAUCGGGGGCUGGGGACACUGAAACUCAGUCAUCUCUCCUUCAUUCGCCGGCGGAGAUGUAAUACCUCACUCUUGUGGGAUGGAGUUGAAUUUAUGACAACCGAUGAUGUUCUGUUGAACUGAAUGGAGAGACCCAGAGAAACUGGGCCGAUUAAAUGUUUUCGUGAUAUAGAGAUUGCGCGGUAUUAAUCCCAGGGAAGAACUGUGCUUGACCUCUUCUGCUGUCGCCUUGAAGUAACUUUUUGCUCUGUUUGCACUACUGCUAUUAUUUGUACUAUUAUAGUUUUUACUACAAGUGUGUUACGCUCGUAUUUCAGCCUAUAGGUUGAGACGUGAAGGGCGUAGAUAUAAAGAAAUCCUUACAUGUAAAUUACUGCUAUGAUUGCUUUGCCAUGAGUUCGUGUAAUCUACAUGCAAACACAUUUAAUCACGUGUACUGCUGUAUAUUUCGGAGCUGAACCUUUCCGGUUGAGCUCGAACGCACAGAGAUCUCUUAUAAGUUUCCCACACGGGGAACAAGAAUGUAUAUGUGGUCGUCUAAUGACACUGGAUACUCGACCACUGUGUAAUUUACAAGAGAGUUUCCACUGCAUACCGACUGUUAUCUAUCAGGAUGAGGAGACUGCAGUGAAAUUAUAACACCAAUUACCUCAAUGUCCUAAAAAGUCUAUGAACUGGAAUGGGCUGAUAAUUCUGUAAUUUUGUUAUGGAGUAAUGACGGGUUCCAGGAGAUUUUAUGAACAUUAUGAAAUGGUGUAAAUGAUAACAUC